AUGGAAGCAGAACAACAAUCUGAUAUCAAGGGAACCAUCGCCUUCGACACCCGCGGCAACGUCAUAGAGUCCACGGGCGUGGGAAGCAAGAGAAUCGAAGACAUAGGCGAAUUAUUGCACAUCGCACUCGACGCAGAGGGCUUUGCUCAAGUUCAAGGCGACUCGUUACUAGUACACCUGUACAAACACGGCGAUGUCACUUUGGCAGUGUACAGUGAUCCUAAAUAA